AUGGGUUCCCGGCCGCGCCUCUAUGAGGCCGUUGAUUUACAUGCUUUUCUCUACAUACUUAUACAAAGAAGUCACGAAGAAGACAAAAAAGUAAGUUCGGAUCUUACCGGUCGAAGGCGCUGCGACACUGUUUUGCAGUCACCGUCGUCGAAAAAGAAGUUCAGAAAUCAAUUCAGGUUGGCGAAGAUUAUUAAAGAAUCGCUGCUGAUGGAAGUAGCUGAAAUUCUGGUGCAGAUUUGUCGUUGUGUUGCAGUAGGAGAUUCAGUGUCGAUGAAGGGCUAUCAGCUAGUGCAAGGGCUUAUUUGGAUAUGGUGUCAAUUUUUGCGGAUGCAGGGCUGUUUGAAUUGGUUAAGCAGGUUGCGGGAGCAUAGUGCCAUGGCCUCGAUGAAAGCAAACGAAAGCGAUGAGAAGGAAUCUUGA